CAGGACCCAGCUGGCAUAUUUGAACUGGUCGAAGUGGUUGGCAAUGGGACCUAUGGGCAAGUUUACAAGGGCCGGCAUGUCAAGACGGGCCAGUUGGCUGCCAUAAAAGUCAUGGACGUCACAGAGGACGAAGAGGAAGAGAUCAAGCAGGAGAUCAACAUGCUGAAGAAGUACUCCCACCACCGCAACAUCGCCACCUACUACGGGGCGUUCAUUAAGAAGAGCCCCCCAGGGAACGACGACCAGCUCUGGCUGGUGAUGGAGUUCUGCGGCGCCGGCUCCGUGACAGAUCUGGUGAAGAACACCAAGGGCAACGCUCUGAAGGAGGACUGCAUCGCCUACAUUUGCCGGGAGAUCCUUGAUUUUGGGGUCAGCGCCCAGCUGGACCGCACAGUGGGACGCCGGAACACCUUCAUCGGCACCCCGUACUGGAUGGCUCCGGAGGUGAUUGCCUGUGACGAGAAUCCGGAUGCCACCUAUGACUACAGGGUAGUUGAUUUUGGGGUCAGCGCCCAGCUGGACCGCACAGUGGGACGCCGGAACACCUUCAUCGGCACCCCGUACUGGAUGGCUCCGGAGGUGAUUGCCUGUGACGAGAAUCCGGAUGCCACCUAUGACUACAGGAGCGAUAUCUGGUCCCUGGGCAUCACCGCCAUCGAGAUGGCCGAGGGAGCCCCACCCCUGUGCGACAUGCAUCCCAUGCGGGCGCUCUUCCUCAUCCCUCGCAACCCACCCCCCAAGCUGAAGUCAAAGAAAUGGUCCAAGAAGUUCAUUGAUUUCAUUGACAACUGCCUGAUCAAAGCCUACACCAGCCGCCCCCCAACAGAGCAGCUCCUCAAGUUCCCCUUCAUCAGGGACCAGCCCACCGAGCGACAAGUCCGCAUCCAGCUCAAGGACCACAUCGACCGCACCCGGAAGAAGAGGGGGGAGAAAGACGAGACCGAGUAUGAGUACAGUGGCAGUGAGGAAGAGGAUGAUGGGCGUGGUGAAGAAGGGGAGCCCAGUUCUAUCAUGAAUGUCCCCGGCGAGUCCACGCUCCGGAGGGAGUUCCUUCGGCUGCAGCAGGAGAACAAGAGCAACUCCGAGGCCCUGAAGCAGCAACAGCAGCAACUGGCGGCUCAGCACCGCGACUCCGAGGCCCACAUCAAGCACCUGCUGCAUCAGCGCCAGCGGCGCAUCGAGGAGCAGAAAGAGGAGAGAAGGCGCGUCGAAGAGCAACAGCGAAGAGAGCGAGAGCAGCGGAAGCUGCAGGAGAAGGAGCAGCAGCGGCGCCUGGAGGACAUGCAGGUGAUGCGCCGGGAGGAGGAGCGCCGGCAAGCCGAGAGGGAGCAGGAGUACAAGCGGAAGCAGCUGGAGGAGCAGCGUCAGUCCGAGCGGCUCCAGCGGCAACUCCAGCAGGAACACGCCUACCUGAAGUCUCUCCAGCAGCAGCAGCAGCUUCAUAAGCAGCAGCAGCAGCAGCAGCAGCAGCAGCCGGAGAAGAAGCCCCUCUACCAUUACAACCGUAGCGCCAACCCCACCGAGAAGCCCACCUGGGCCCGUGAGGUGGAAGAGCGGACCCGCAUGAACAAGCAGAAUUCCGCCUCGCCCGUGGGGAAGACCAAGCUGGGUGGCAGCGGGGCGGAUUCUGCUCCACCGCCCCGUGCCGAGUCAGUGUCGCUCAACUCCUCCCCGGCCUCCCAGACCCCGCCCAUGCAGCGCCCCGUGGAACCCCAGGAGGGGCCGCACAAGAGCCACGUCGCCCACCGCGUCCCGCUCAAACCAUACGCCGCCCCUGUCCCUCGCUCCCAGUCGCUGCAGGACCAGCCCGGCAAGAACAUGGCUGCUUUCCCUGUCCAUGACUCCUCCUCUUCCUCCUCCGCCCCCUCCCCGCCCCGGGCGGGCAUGAUCCGGCAGAACUCCGACCCCACCUCCGAGGGGCCUGCCCCGCCGCCAGUUCCCCAGCGGACGUCUUCCAUCGCAACCGCGCUUAACACCAGCGGGGCAGCCAGCAGCAGCGGAGGCGGCAUCAGACCUGCCCAUGCGGUCCGUGCCAGACCUCGUAGCAAGUCUGCGUGGCAUAUCCACAUGCAGAGCCGGCUGGAGCAGGGGCCCAACUGGGGGGACCCCUUGCCAGCCCCUCCUCCUCCUCCCCAGCCUGCGGGCCGGACCCCGUCCCGGGACCCACCGGCCACCGUGCCAAACGCCAGUAGUAACCCUGACCUGCGGAGGAGCGACCCUGGCUGGGAGCGGGCCGACAGUUUGCUGCACUCCGGGGGAGGCAACGUGCCCCAGGCGGGAUCGCUGGAGCGCAACCGCAUCGGAGGUCCCCUGAAACUGGACCGUUCUCCAAUCCUGCCGCAAGGGAACAAGCCCAAAGCCGACGACCAUCGCUCCCGGCCUGGCCGGCCUGCCAAUUUUGUGCUGCUGAAGGAGCGCCCGGAGGAGGCAGCCCCCAAGCCCCUCAAGAAGGCCCUGGACUACUCCUCUUCCAGCGAGGACCUGGACUCCAGCGAGGAGGAAGAGGAGGAGGAGGAGGAGGAGGAAGAGCGCUCUGAGCCUGGCACUGACCCUCCGGGAGCCAGAGAUGGCGAUACUGACUCGGUGAGCACAAUGGUGGUGCAUGACGUGGAGGACCUGGCGGGUGGCGGCAGUGGCGGCUCGGAGAGUUCCUACGGCGAGGGCACCAUGCUGGUGCAGCGGACCCCCGAGGAGGAGCGAGGCCUCCUGCACAGUGACAGCAACGGCUACACCAACCUGCCAGACGUGGUCCAGCCCAGCCACUCGCCCACGGAGGCCAAAAGCAGCAACGGCUCUUCCUCACCUGCCAAAGAGGCUGCCACGGAUUACCAGUCGCGAGGGCUGGUCAAGGCACCCGGGAAGAGCUCCUUCACCAUGUUCGUGGACCUCGGCCUCUACCAGAGCUCUCCAGGCAGUGGAGACACCAUCCCCAUCACGGCCUUUGACCCGGGGCGUCUGGAGCAGCUGCAGCUGGAAGCCCGGAAGGGCUCCGUGGUCAACGUCAACCCCACAAACACACGGCCCCACAGCGACACCCCCGAGAUCCGCAAGUACAAGAAGCGCUUCAACUCGGAGAUUCUGUGCGCCGCCCUCUGGGGAGUCAACCUGCUGGUGGGAACAGAGAACGGGCUGAUGCUGCUGGACCGAAGCGGUCAGGGCAAGGUCUACAGCCUCAUCAACCGCCGCCGCUUCCAGCAGAUGGACGUCCUGGAGGGGCUCAACCUGCUGACCACCAUCUCUGGAAAGAGGAACAAGCUUCGGGUCUACUACCUCUCGUGGCUAAGGAACAAGAUUUUGCACAACGACCCGGAAGUGGAGAAGAAACAGGGCUGGACCACGGUGGGGGACAUGGAAGGCUGCGUUCACUACCGCGUAGUGAAGUAUGAGCGGAUCAAAUUUCUGGUCAUUGCGCUCAAGAACUCGGUGGAGGUUUACGCCUGGGCCCCCAAGCCCUACCACAAGUUCAUGGCCUUCAAGGUACAGGGUGAAGGGCAGGGGGGCUUCCCCGAUGGUGGAGAGGGAGCCACGUGGGAACCCGGCCCGGCGGGGAGGGAAGCGAGCGUUGCCUCCACAGCCCAUCCCACCUGCCGGCUCAAAGUGAUCUAUGGCUCAUGCGCUGGUUUCCAUGCCAUCGAUGUGGACUCAGGAAACAACUACGACAUCUACAUCCCAGUCCAUAUCCAGUCCCAGAUCACCCCCCACGCCAUCAUCUUCCUGCCCAACACGGAGGGGAUGGAGAUGCUGCUCUGCUACGAGGACGAGGGGGUCUACGUCAACACCUAUGGGCGCAUCAUCAAGGACGUGGUGCUGCAGUGGGGGGAGAUGCCCACCUCCGUCGCGUACAUUUGCUCCAACCAGAUCAUGGGCUGGGGCGAGAAAGCCAUUGAAAUCCGCUCGGUGGAGACGGGCCACCUGGACGGCGUCUUCAUGCACAAACGGGCCCAGCGGCUCAAGUUCUUGUGUGAGCGCAACGACAAGGUGUUCUUUGCCUCCGUGCGUUCAGGAGGCAGCAGUCAGGUCUACUUCAUGACGUUGAACAGAAACUGCAUCAUGAACUGGUGAGAGGGGGCCUCCUCCGAGCCCCCCCCCGCUGACACAUCCCAGGAAGAAGAACAGGAGCAGCCUCUGCGUGGGGGGGUGAGGGAGGGUUCCCUGCCUUGGGGAGGGCCGGGCAAGGGACAAGCCAGUGAAACCAGUCCCUUGGCAGUUCGCUCCCAGCCCCCGUCUCUCAUCCUCCCCCCCCCCCGGCUGCUGUUUCUUGAGCGGGGGUGGGGGGAUGGAAGUCUUCUGCUUCCUGUUUAUGCUUUUGGCCCUGUUUCUUACAGGGAGACUUGGGGAGCUGCAUGGGGGGGCGCUUUAGGCUAAAGGGGGGCACAGUCCAGGAUGGGCUCUCCCCCUGUGGCCACCUCCAGAGUCCAGAACUGACAUUCCCAUGGCCUCCCGUCUGGGUGGGGCUGUCCUGCUGGAAGUGGGGGAGGAAGAACCCUACUGACGUGGCAUCCCGACCCACCCACCCCCAUUCCAAGGGGUUGCCCCAUUUCAGAGGGGGCAGGAAGAGGAGGGUCACCCAUGCCACAUCAUGUAAAUAGGCAGAAGAGGGGGCCGGUCCCAUUGCGUCUCCACCCCACCCCUGGAUCAGAAGAGGAAGGGAGGAAGGAUCCCCCCCCUCCCAGCAGUCAAGGUGGGGCAUGGUGUUGCAGUGGCCCCGGGUGGCCCAGAAGGGGCGGUAGGAGGAGGAUCUGCCUUCUGCAUUGUGCCGGGGGGGGGGCUACAGAGCCCAAUCCCCUUAGGGCACCCUUUGCAAGGUCCUUCCUCGCGGCAACCCCUGCCCUCGCACAGGCACACACACACCCGGCAGCGCCUGCUGGCGGUCACCCCUUGUGUGCCCUUGUGGCCGGGUGAUCCCUGACCCCCAGCAGACAGUCCCCAUGAAUGGCUCAGCCCAGCCUUCCUCCUUACCCCCCCCCCCACGCACACACCCCUUGCCCCUAUCAGUGUGACACAUCUGGUGGCUACAAACAGGAGUGUCCCCCUCACACUUUUCCAGCGCCUCCCCUUCCUCCACCCCAUGCCGCUUCCCUCAAACCAUGGGACAUACGUGGAUGUAUAUCAGAUUUCUCUCCCACCCACCCCCAAGGGGGGAGCUGUGUAUAUUUUGCUUUAAUUAUCAUUCUUUUUGUAAUGGCGUUUUAAGUAACUGACUAACGAAGCACUUUAAUGGCCCAGCUCAUCCCGGUGGUGGUGGGUUUGGGAGUGACCCAAGCUUAGCAUUGUGUGUGUCCCCCCCCGCCUCCCCCCCCAACCUCCUGCUGGGGUUCUGCUUGGCUCAACAGGGCUGGGGGGCGGCAGGCCCUUGUUGGUGGGGUUGUAUUGCGUGCCACCCAACGGUGUGGGGAAGACUUGCACUGUCAUGCUGGGUGGAGGGGGGCAGUGGGACUGGGCUGGGGCCCAUCCGGGGGCGACGCCACCCCCUCCCCCCCCGGGCGACUUGGUUUCUCGUGUAUUUUUCGCUUGCAUUUGUCCAUAACCGUCUCCCCAGCGGAAGAAGACGGGAGCGGCCCCCCCUCCAGAAGUCAGCGGUGGCCUUGGCAUCUCAUCUGUUAAUAAAAGAACCAAACUCUGUGACUUC